AUGGGUUAUGACCUUUCUGUCCGGGGUGCUAUUCUUUAUGUGAAAACCAUCGGAAAGAGUAAUAUUGAAAUUGCUGAAGAAUUCACUAUAACUCCUUCGACUGUUGGCCGGCUCUGGAAACGAGCUACUGAUAAUGGCUAUCAAUCUUUUGCUACUAUUUCUGAUACCUUCGUGGCUAAUGCUCCUAUUCCCGGCCGCCCGAAGAAGCAAACUGAAUAA